UAUCCAUAUCCAAAAGCCUUCCUCAUCUCGCAUAGACACUCUUUCGAUCAGAGAAGAAAAUACAUCUUUUAGAGACGAAUUAACUCAGCAAUAUAUUAUGGGCAGCCGCAUGGGUUUGAUCGGGUGCUUCGUCAUUGUGGUUUCUGUACUACUGAGGGGUGCAACUGCUGCAACAGUUUAUGAGGUGGGGGACAGCCUCGGCUGGACUGUUCCUCCAAACACCACCUACUACUCCACCUGGGCCAGCACGAAGACAUUCUUUCUUGGCGACAAACUUUCAUUCAACUGGACAAUGGGGACGCACACUGUGGCGGAGGUAUCCAAGGCUGAUUACGAUAGCUGCACGAAGGUGUCAUCUUAUAUAGGCAGCCCAGUCAUAUUCACUCCUCCGUCAACCGGUUCUUACUACUUCAUCUGUACCGUGAGUGACCACUGCCAACUUGGUCAAAAGUUGGCUUUCACCGUUUCCGCACCAAACUCCAAUACCGUUGGAUCGCCGCCAACUGAAUCGCCCACGUCCGCCGCUUCAUCUCUAAGCGUCGGUGCCUUAUUUGCAGUGCUGCUCUCCGCACCAGUCAUCUAUUUCUUGGCUUAAUUACCUCUAAAUUAAUUAAUUAAUUAAUGUCCCCAAAGUAGAACAGUUGUUGAUUAUUAUUUAUCUGUGUACGUCUCAUGAUUCUUCUACUACCAGGGAAUUUUUUUU